AUGAGCGCGAGGCGAGUGGUGGUGGACGUGCCCGCGGGCACCAGCUCCAGCAUGUCCCUCCAGAGGCACAAGGCAUCCUUCAGGGGAGCACAGUCACCAUCCUCCCUGGACAGCCUCCCGGCCUCCAGGACCAUCACCGUGGGUGGUCUCGUCCGAGCACCCAGGGUCUAUGUAGGGAUGACACCCAGUGGGCCCACAAGUGGCCUGGGUGCCCGUGUGACCCGCCGGGCCCUGGGCAUCAGCAGUGUCUUCCUGCAGGGCCUGCGGAGCUCAGGCCUGGCCACGGCGCCCGCUCCUGGCCUGGAGAGGGACCUCAGUGCCGUUGAGGACCUGGGGGGUUGCCUGGUGGAAUACAUGGCCAAAGUGCACGCCCUGGAGAAAGUCAGCCAGGAGCUGGAGGCACAGCUGCGGAUGCACCUGGAGAGCAAGGCCACGCGCUCAGAAAGCUGGGGUGCCCUCCGGGCCUCGUGGGCCAGCAGCUGCCAGCAGGUGGGCGAGGCUGUCUUGGAAAACGCGAGGCUCAUGCUGCAGACGGAGAAUAUCCAGGCGGGCGCAGACGACUUUAAGGAGAGGUAUGAGAAUGAGCAGCCAUUCCGGAAGGCAGCGGAAGAGGAAAUUAACUCUCUCUAUAAAGUCAUCGAUGAAGCCAGUUCGACCAAAAUGGAUCUGGAGAGUCAGAUAGAAAGCCUGAAAGAAGAACUUUGCUUUCUGUCAAGGAGCUAUGAAGAGGAUGUGAAAAUGCUGUACAAACAGCUGGCAGGAUCUGAGCUGGAACAAAUGAAUGUUCCCAUUGGCACUGGGCUGGAUGACAUCCUUGAGACGAUCAGAAUUCACUGGGAGAGAGAUGUCGAAAAGAACAGAGUGGAGGCGGGAGCCUUGCUGCAAGCCAAGCAACAGGCGGAGGUGGCCCGCAUGGCCCAGACCCAGGAGGAGAAGAUGGCUGCUGCCCUCAGGGUGGAGCUGCACAACACUUCGUGCCAAGUCCAGAGCCUGCAGGCCGAGACGGAAUCCUUAAGGGCCCUGAAACGAGGCCUGGAGAACACCUUGCAUGACGCCAGGCACUGGCAUGACAUCGAGCUGCAGAACCUGGGCGCCGUGGUCAACAGGCUGGAGGCGGAGCUCCGGGAGAUGCGCGCGGAGGCAGAGCAGCAGCUGCAGACCCGCGAGCACCUGCUGGCACACAAGUGCCAGCUGCAGCGGGACGUGGCGUCCUACCACGCCCUGCUGGACAGGGAGGAGAGCGGCUAACGGAGAAACAUCCUCUUUUCAUGAAGAAAAUGCUGCCUUCUGCACCACACGACUGAUGAAGUUCCUUGAGGAGUCCCCACCCCACCCUGACACCCUACCCCCAUCUCCCCUCACCCUCCCCACCCCCACCCUGAGCUAGAUUCCCUGCUGGAUUUCCCUGUUGAUUCACCUUGAGCUGAAGAGCUUCCUGGAAAUGGAGAGGGUCCUGCUGCCUUAACUCGAAGUUUAUAGCUUGAGCAACUUCCCUCGUGCCUCUCCAAAUAAACGCUUGUGUGCAACUUCCA